AUGCGCCUGCUCAAUACCAAGACUCUGAAUCUGGAGGAAUUCUUAAACGAAGACCAAGUCAGCUAUGUCAUACUGUCUCAUCGAUGGGAGAAGGACGAGAUCUCUCUACAGCAGCUGGUCGCCGGCGGUGUCGAGGACAUGUUGGGCUACCAGAAAAUCCAGCAAUAUUGUCGCAUCGCGGCAGAAGCCGGCUUCCAAUACGCGUGGAUCGACACCUGUUGCAUCGAUAAGACAAGCAGUGCGGAGCUCAGCGAGGCCAUCAAUUCAAUGUACAGAUGGUACCAGAAAGCCGAUAUGUGCUACACCUACCUGUCCGAUGUCGAGUCGGUCAAUGACAUUGAGACCAGUGUUUGGUUCACUCGCGGCUGGACUUUACAGGAGCUUCUGGCACCCAAGUAUAUGACCCUUUUCAAUCGCCGCUGGAAACCUCUCUGUUCAAAAGAACAACUUGCACAGAAACUUUCCGAGAUUACAGGCGUGCCGUAUGGUGCUCUCUGUGGUACCGUGCCUCUCAGCAGUUGUUCUACUGCUCAAAGGAUGGCCUGGGCUUCUAAGCGCGUGACGACUCGUCCCGAAGAUCGAGCCUACUGCCUCAUGGGUAUCUUCGACGUCAAUAUGCCUUUAUUAUACGGCGAAGGCGAAAAGGCAUUCCGAAGACUCCAGGAAGAGAUAAUAAGAACGACCCACGAUCACUCUAUAUUCGCAUGGAGCUGCAAGGACGCCACGGGGCCUCGGGACCUGUUGGCUACAUCACCAGAGCUAUUUGUUAACUGCUCUGAGGUCACUUUGCGAUCUGACGCGUCAAGGCCAGAACAAUACUUCAUGACAAAUUCCGGCCUCUCGAUAUCGCUCCAGAUGCUGCCCUGGGCCGUGGAUAUCUAUCUUGCGGUCCUCGAAUGUACAGCCGAUGCGCCCCAGCUGAAGCUCGAGCGUGCUUUAACACCCGACACUACUCGACUGGCAAUUUUUCUUCAUCAAACCAAACGCACUGGAGAAUUCUUCCGCAUGGCUAUUUCGGGCCGAGAGAUCUUCACCUGUAAACGAAGUGGGGUGAGGCAUUGGCUGAAGACGCGCCGGAUUCUGAUUCUUCCAUGCGCCCCGCAAGAGGCUGUUCCUUCCUCCUUGAGUCGGCUGCUGCCAUAUGGGUUUGUUUUUCGAUCGACUCCCACUAGGAUUGAUCCAACAAAACCUGAAGACGGCCCUGUUGUCCUCCGUGGCAGGAAUCCACCUGAAUUUUGGGCCAACUCUGAUCAUUGGAUGGUCAAACUACAUCCCGGCCAGUGUGGUACCGUCGCAACGCUUGAUCUGAGAGGGUUCGGACCGAUGAAUUGUUUGCUCAAGUUUGGCUUCGACUUUGAAUUCCAUCCAGUCUGCAUGGUGGAUACGCGUACACGAGAGCCAGAAGAACAUGACGUAACAAGCGUCCUCAACAACGAUGACUGGAUUGACAACGGCGUUGCAUUACAUGGUAUUGAUGCCCCAUUGCAGGACCUAGAUAUUUGGGAACGACGAGAAAGUUACGCCUUCAGGGCCCACAGGCAUUUCUUCUCUUCGGUAUGGAUUUUCCCACUGCAGCUUCGCAUCGAGUUCAGCUCGCAGUCUACUCACGUUGGACUUGACCUUCAUAAUGUGUAUGUGAGAUAUUUUCCGCAAAAAGAGGUGGCCAAAGUCCAGAAAGCAAAAACAACUAAACCUAAAUUUUCCUACCCAUGCUUAUCGAAAGAAGACGUCCUAUAUGAGCACGAUUGA